UUAAAUCAACAAAAAACAAAAAAAUAUAAAAAAAUAAAAAAAUAACUAAAUAGAAAAAAAAGUGAAUUGUAAAUAAAAUUAUAUAGCUCCGGCUAUAGUUGCGGUCGUAGAAAAGCGGCACUGCUAAAAAGUCGACAACUUCAACAUCUUCGUCAGCAACACUAGUCUCGAUGCGCCAAAAGAAAGUUAGUGUUGUUGUUGAGAAAUGGGUAUAGGUGGAAGUGCACAGCGUCGUGCUCAACAUUGUUCACGCUCUCCCGCUGCACAUCGGUACGACGAUCCCCCUAGGUCACACAAUGUAUCACGCAAUGUGAGUGCCCUAAAUGUGGGACCGCGAAUCGUUGUACCCGCGACUACUUAUAUAGAUCGGUCCAACGAGUACGAGGUCAUGCAGUGUACGUCGGCUAGAUCGCUAAAUUAUGGCCAGCCUAAGCAAACGUCAUCCAUGCAUUCUCGCAUAGAAUCACGGACAUGCGAUUAUGACACUUCAACACAAUUUGCAGCACCACAGCAACUCCCGCCUCCGCCAGUCCGCAGUCCAGAUGAAUUGUGCAAUUGUAAAGCUUGCAAGGCAAGAGAUGAGGCAUUAGCAGCAUCUUUACCUACAUCAUCAGCUGCAACCUCUACGUAUGUACCUCAAAAUCAAUGCUCGCGAAGCACAAACACUCAGCCACGAGCCACUGCUACACCCGCCAGAGCAUACCCCGAUUGCGCAUCGUCUUAUUCAAAUCCCCAGAGAAAUGCGUCGAAUCGCAAUUUAAAUACGUGCCCUACAUGUGGAACAUCCACUUCCAGGGCUCAAAUCAAUUGCUCUGCCGAACGUCCUGUAGCUACCUGCUCCAACCGAAAUAGUAAAAUAUUUGCAGCUCCAUCGACUCGAAUACAUCAAACGGCAAUAGCGACACAAACUGAGCCUCAAAAAUCAGCUCACUCGGGCUACGAUGAUGCCGCAGGUAUACCAAGUGGUGGCGCUACUUCCGACUGUACAACAGAUUUUCAACAGGAAUGCUUGGAGGCGCAUAACCGGUUUCGAGCACGUCAUCAAAACUGUCCAGCCCUAACGCUGAGCAGUGAUUUGAGUCGCUACGCACAACAAUGGGCUAAGCACUUGGCUUCCUCGGGUCGCCUGGAACAUCGCCAAGUACACACCUAUGGUGAGAAUUUGUAUACAUCCCGCGGUAUGGAGGUAAAUGGCUCAACGGCAGUAAAAAGUUGGUACGAUGAGGUGCGCUACUAUGAUUUCUCCAAACCAAAUUACAAGCCCGGCACAGGGCAUUUUACGCAAGUUGUCUGGCGGGAAAGCCGACAAUUGGGCGUCGGUUUUGCGACUAGAGGUGAUACUACGUAUGUUGUGUGUAACUACAAUCCACCUGGUAAUAUAAUUGGAAGUUUUGACAGUAUGGUGCCACCGCUGAAGUGAAGGAUGGCAAAAAAUUAACAAUACAAUGUGAUACAUUAUAAAAUUAAAUUUGCAAAUGUAAACAUAAUCUAUGGGAGGGACGCAGUAAAAUAGUAGUAAUAUCACCUUAGAGUUCGGCGAAUCAUUUGUAAAAUUUUUAGUUUUAUGCACGGUUUUGCUACCGUUCUACUGCGCCCGCUUUAGAGUGACAAAUGCACUCUUAGUUGAAGAACAUGAACAAACAUUAUUUAUAAGAAGCAAUAGAAAAAUUAAUGCCAAACAUAUAAGAUAUUUUAUGACCCAUUAUGCUUAUAUUAUAUUCAUAAAUACACUUCCUUUUUAUAUAAGAACUCUUUUAUACUAUAA